ACCUUCCUUACCGACCCUUGCGUCUAUCACUCCCAUUGUGUUUUACUCUCUCUCUCUCUGCUCCGAAAUUAGGGUUGAUAGGUUUGGUGCUGAUUCUUCUUCCGAUUUCGAACCGAGUGAAUUGCGGAAAAUGUACGCUGAUCGCGUGGAGAAUGGAGGGCGGAGGUCCGUGAAGGAACGCUUAAAUGGGAAUGGUAUCAGUGGCCCUACUAGGCACCACCAACAGCGUCAAAUCACCGGCAAGAGGUUUGCAAUUCUUACUUCGUGUCGAGGCAAUGAUAGUGGGAACAUGAUCUUCUUUUAUGAUGACCACGGAUCACUAAUUCGCAAGAAGAGUUAUGCUCCAAAGAUGCGGGAUCUUCGUGAAAGGCUAUCAGGGACCAUGACAGUACAACCUACCAAUGUUGAUCCGCCCAAAUCAAAAACUGUUAAACCAAGCAGUAAAAGUGUUGGUGCUGAGGCCCCUGCAGCGCAGAUCAAAAGGCCAGCUGACCCAGCUCCUAAAAGGUCACGGAAGGCUGAUUCUUCAAUUGAUGACUUUUUGCUGUCCUUGGGUCUUGAAAAGUACAUCAUUACUUUUCAGGCUGAAGAAGUAUGUGUGAAUGACAGCUCUCAUCAUAUGACUGAUGAAGAUCUCAAGGCUAUGGGCAUACCAAUGUAUGCAUUGAACUAGCCUUGGAAUUUUGUACUUUUCAUGCUUGUCUGUUUCCAAUGGCCAUGUCAUGCAGUUCCAUUGAUAAUGUGACUCAUGUCAAUGCCUGCUACUUGGAAUGCAUUCUAUACUCUGCACUUUUUAUGGAUUUUUGUGUUAAAUUGACCCUAUUUAUGUAAGCAACGUCCAUUAUUUUUUCAACUUUGGUAGUUAGGUUCAUUUGAAGUGGAGGGGUAACUGCACAUGUGUAAGUGUAUCCCUUCAAAUAAGUAGCUGCUUUUGAAUAAGACUAGCAUCUAGCUUCCAUAUGAUGAUGUCAUAGAAAGUAGACUUUGAACCUAAUUGAACCUCACAAAGUUGGCUUCAUUAGGUGGGGUGGGUACUCGUAUAUUAUGAUUUGAAGAUUGUGCUUUCCUAAGAAUCCACUUUUUUGUGAUAGAAGUCAAGAAAAUCCUCAGACCCAUGUCGUGUGUCCCAAUGUGAGGCCCAAGCAAGAGCUGCAACUGCCAUAUGACAACUCAGAAAAAACGCCAAGAAACUGUCGUUUUGGGAGAUCUGACUAAUGUCCCAAAUGCUGCCAUAGUUUCAGUUUCAGAGAUUAAAAAAUGG